CGCCGACGCACAUGACUAUGCAGAAAGUAUAAAGGCUUCCAACUGCCUGGUCCAACACAAUGGAUGGGUCAGUCUUUGGUCGAGACCCACAGUUCUAAAAAGUACAUGCAAGAUUGAUGUAAAAUACUUCCCCUUCGAUAAGCAACAAUGUCGACUUAAGUUCGGUUCAUGGACGUAUAACGGAGAACAAAUAAAUCUUAAUCAGCAUGCCGUGAAGCCGGACUUAACUAACCUCGUUCCCAAUGAACAAUGGGAUCUUUUGUACGCGAUUACCACCAGGCACAGCAUGCGAUACGAAUGCUGUCCCGAUACUUACCACGAUGUAACGUUUUUAGUUGGUCUUGAACGGAAACCCUUGUAUUAUAUUUACAAUCUGAUUAUGCCAUGUGUUCUCUUGUCGGCGCUAUCACUUUUAGGAUUUUUCAUGCCCUAUGACGUGGUGUUGUGAAAGUGUCAUUGAGCGUGACCUUGAUCCUCUCGCUCACUGUGUUUCUUCUGCUAGUGGCCGAAAUGAUGCCGAGGACGUCCGAUGAAAUUCCACUUAUAGGGCAAUAUUAUGCUGCUACAAUGUUCCUAAUAUCUAUAUCCACGGCGAUGAACGUGGCUGUGCUGAACGUGAACGAACGCGGUGCACUUGGAGUAUUCGAGGUUCCCCGCUGGAUCAGAAUAGUGGUGCUCAAAUACAUGGCGACACUGGUGUUCAUGAGUGAUUGUUCGAAAUCUAGAAUGAUAAAAACUGCUUCACUCGAUAGAACACAGGGAAACAGUAGCGUAAACUCAAAAUACUACGUCCAGCGAGAUUGCAGCGGCAACAGCACUGGGAGUAUGAACAAUAGGCACUGCAGAAUGCCGAUGGGUACCGGUUACAAUGAACAGGAUAUGCUCCUAGAAGAUCGCUCUGACCACACAACACUCGAUGGAUGUAGUGACAGGCGACUUCAUAGACUCGAAAAAACGGUCGAUCUCAUUUUGAGACAUUUGAAAACGGCACAGAGGAGAAAAGAGAAGUACACAAUUGUGAGACAAGAGUGGGCACUGGUUGCCACUGUUCUCGACAGAGUCUUGUUGACGAUGUUCGUCCUCUGCACGGGGAUAACGACAUUGACGUUGUUGCUCCAAAGACAAGGACCUCUAAUACCGUUCGAUCCGUUUGAUGAAUACGCGGUGUUCGACCUUGAACAGUACCAGCCGAAUAUUGCGUACGACACUUAA